GCGCUGCCCAGGGACGGGAGACUGGGGCCUCGCUCGCCGCGGACUCGGCCCGGCCCGGCCCUUCCGCUUCCUACUGGGAGUCGGGACCUGGGGCCCGGCGCAUUGCUCAGGGAAUCUGAGCCAAGUAUCCUGUGCAGAGGCUCCCCUCAGGGCUGCUCAGGUCAGUCUUGGCUUGUCUCAUGGACAGACACAAAGUGAAGCGUCAGAGGCUGGACCGGAUUUGUGAAGGUAUACGGCCUCCUAUUGUGAAUGGCCCAAUGCCUGCCCGACCACUGGUUGCACUCCUAGAUGGGAGGGAUUGCACUGUGGAAAUGCCAAUCCUGAAGGAUGUUGCUACAGUGGCUUUCUGUGAUGCUCAGUCAACUCAGGAAAUCCAUGAGAAGGUGCUGAAUGAGGCUGUGGGAGCUUUGAUGUACCACACUAUCACCUUGUCCCGCCAGGACCUGGAGAAGUUCAAAGCCCUCCGGGUCAUUGUGCGUAUUGGCAGUGGCUAUGACAAUGUGGACAUCAAGUCAGCUGCAGAAUUAGGCAUUGCAGUGUGCAACAUCCCCUCCUCCUCUGUGGAGGAGACUGCUGACUCUACCCUCUGUCACAUCUUGAACCUGUAUCGCCGGGUUACUUGGCUUCAUCAGGCUAUGCGGGAAGGAAACCGAGCCUCAAGCAUGGAGCAAAUUCGAGAGGUGGCUGGAGGUGCCGUGCGUAUCCGUGGUGAGACCUUGGGCAUCAUUGGCCUUGGCCGAGUUGGGCAGGCAGUGGCCCUGAGAGCCAAGCCCUUUGGCUUCAACGUGAUUUUCUAUGAUCCGUAUCUACCAGAUGGCGUGGAGCGAUCCCUGGGGUUACAGCGAAUAGGAACUCUGCAGGACCUGCUAAUGCACAGUGAUUGCAUCACAUUGCACUGCAGUCUGAAUGAACAUAAUCAUCACCUCAUCAAUGACUUCACUAUUAAACAGAUGCGCCAUGGCUGCUUUCUGGUGAACACAGCCCGUGGGGGGCUAGUAGAUGAGAAGGCCUUGGCACAAGCCUUGAAGGAGGGGAGAAUCAGAGGAACAGCACUUGAUGUGCACGAGUCUGAACCCUUCAGCUUUGCUCAGGGGCCCCUAAAAGAUGCUCCCAAUGUGAUCUGCACCCCUCACACAGCCUGGUACAGUGAGCAGGCUUCCAUUGAGUCCAGGGAAGAUGCAGCUAAAGAGAUCCGCAGAGCUAUCACAGGUCACAUACCUGAUACUUUGAGGAACUGUGUUAAUAAGGAGUAUUUGCUGUUAGCUGCUCAGUGGCCAAGUAUUGAUCCUGCAGCUGUUCACCCAGAACUCAAUGGAGCUGUGGCUUACAGGCACUACAUUAUCCAAUGUGAUGACGCUAACGACAUCUGCAGGAAAAAGAGAUGCGUGCCAUCUGCCUAUUGGCAUAGGAGUCCAAGGCAUCUCGCAUUCUCCUGUAGAAGUCUCCCAUGUAUGUUGAAAACUAGAGGAGAUGGGAUUGUGCCUUGCAAUAUUCUACAAGAGGGCUGUAGGGAAACCAAAGCUUAUGAGAUGACACCAAUGCCUUAAUAUCAAAGUAAAUGCCUUUAUGAAUACAUAGAUAAAUUACUGUGAGAUCCCAGAAUCAUCCCAGUUUAGUGCUACACUGUCAACAUGUGUAGUCAAUGGUGUCUAGUACGUCCAACUCCAAAUGUUCAAAAAUCAUGAUUCAGAUCCCAAUAAAUCAUGUGAUUGUUUUAA